CAUAGGAUCUGCUCGCGUUAAGAUGAUCCCUGGUACGAACCUUGCAUCAAUUGAAACGUCCCAAUCGCCUGUCCAAAUUGCUUGCGCUCAUGGACGUAUUCGAAGAAUUGAAAUUACCCCAGAGGCCCCUAAUCAUGCCAGUGAGGGGUCAGCUUUCAAGAGAUUGACAGGCAACGUACACCACUCAGAACGAGCCUUUCGAGGUCUAACCCUGACAUGAGCACCGCCGCCCCUCUGUUGACUUGACCCAGUACAUUCUCUGCAUUCCAUGUCUCGAAAUCAGAACGAUGCAG